AUGAAUGACCUAGCUGACCUUCUCAGAUAUCUGCAGUAUUUUAAUGCUAUUCUUCUUCUGGACGAAGCAGAUACGUUUAUGGCGAGUCGGACCGAACUCUACGAUAGUUAUAAUCGCCUGGUCACUGUAUUCCUCCGAAAGCUUGAGUAUUAUCAGGGAGUGCUUUUCUUAACCUUAAACAGGGGUAUAUACUUUGAUGAAGCAAUACUGAGCCGAACUUAUCUGGUAAUUGAGUAUGAGGGUUUAAUAAGAGACUUCUGCAGGGAUCUCUGGUCUACCUUCUUAGCCAAAGCCCGGAUAAUGCAAGGGCCUGCGGUAGUUAAGGAGGACGACAUCCAGUAUUUGGAGAUAUUGGCUCUCAAUGGACGAGAGAUCAAGAAUAUCGCAGCAAUUGCAUAUGCUCUUGCUGAGGUCAGCUAUAAGUAUCUGGAGUUAGCAGCGGAAUUGAAUAAGAAGUUUGCUAAUGAAUUUGGUAGGAAGGGCCCUAUUGACGGAAUGUAUGUCUAA